UAGCUGCACGAAAGAGUGGGAGAACAAUUUUUUCCCCCAGUGGCCCUAAUCCUCUUCCGUAGGACCGCCCUUCAUCAUUCCACCAACCUUAUUUAAUACACCCAGCAAAAGAGUGCAGUUAGACUCGUAAAUUUAGUCCUUUGCUCCGUCUAAAUCAGGAAAACACCAUCAACCAUGUCCGCCGUCAGCAGCUCAAACACAGCCUUUGCCUUGGAGCUGUUCCGCACUCUGAGCCAGACAAACCCUGCUGGAAACAUCUUUGUCUCUCCUCUGAGCAUCAGCUCAGCCCUGGCCAUGGUCUACCUGGGAGCUAAAGGAGACACUGCAGCUCAGAUGGCUCAGGCCCUCUCAUUCAGCUCAGGUGAAGGCGUCCAUGCAGACUUCCAGAAACUGAACGCUGACAUCAACUCACCAUCUGCAUCCUACAUCCUGAAACUAGCCAACCGUCUUUAUGGAGAAAACACUGCCCACUUCCUCCCAGACUUCCUUGAAGCCACACAGAAGUACUACCAGGCAGACCUGAAGGCUGUGGACUUCAUCGGAGCUCCAGAGGCGUGCAGAGCAGAGAUCAACAGCUGGGUCGAGCAGCAGACAGAAAAUAAGAUAAAAGACCUUCUGAAGCCAGGAACAGUCAACACAGAUACCAGACUGGCUCUGGUCAAUGCUGUGUACUUCAAGGGCAACUGGAGGAACCCAUUUGAGGAGGCAAACACCAAAGAGAUGCCCUUUAAAAUCAGACAGAAUGAGACCGUACCAGUCCAGAUGAUGUACCAGAGGAAGAAGCUUCCCUACAACUACAUUGCUGACCAUGAUUUGCAGAUCCUGGAGCUGCCCUAUGUGGGUGAGGAGCUCAGCAUGUUCAUUCUGCUGCCUAAAGAGUCCUCAGACGGCUCAGACCCUCUGCUGAAGCUGGAGAAGGAGCUAACACAGGAGAGGCUGAAUGAAUGGACCGACAGGAAAAACAUGAGGACCCAUUUAAAAAUUCGCGUUUAUCUGCCAAAAUUCAAGCUGGAGGAAAACUACGUGCUGAAUGAACCUCUGGCUAAACUGGGUAUGAAGGACGUGUUCUGUGCAGGAAGAGCUGAUCUGUCUGGCAUGAACGGUGAAGGGGGGCUCUUCCUGUCUACGGUGGCCCACAAGGCCUUUGUGAAGGUGAACGAGGAGGGCACGGAGGCCGCUGCAGCCACAUAUAUUUUUGUCUUCGGUUCUCGUAUCGCACAGGACACACACUUCACAGCAGAUCACCCCUUCCUCUUCUUCAUCAGACACAAUGAGACCAAGUCCAUCUUGUUCUUUGGCAGAUUCUCAUCUCCUCAGUAGACAGAAGCAGCAGAGGAAGAUGAUGUUGCAAUUCAAAUAAAUACAUCUAUGAAAUAAAGUAAAUGGAGUUGUGU